AUGGGGACCAGCUCAGCGGGUGCCCCUGGAGGGUCCCCCAGCCCAGCAUGGCUCCCUCUCACCCACACAGGGCUGCAAAUGGCUCCAUGCGGCUGCUUUUUCGACCCCCGGCUCUUCUGUAUCCAGUGGACAAGCCUGCCUCCACCAACCACCUCCAUGUUCACUUCUCUGCCGAGUGCUGUCCUGUGGGGCCCCGGGGGCUGUGGGACCCCCCCCACCUGGGCAUCCCCUGGGGCCCCCCAGAGCCAACUGCAACAACUCACAGCCUACAGAAAUGAGAGGAAAGCAGUGACCCCAGCCCCACCAGUGCUGCUGACAUCCAACCCUGGCUACCAGCACGAGGGGCAGUCUGCUCAGAACAUCAUCACUGGGACGGCCACCCCCGCGGGGGCACCCCCAGGUAGCGACAUCCUGCUGGGCAACAACGUCCCCCCCAGCCUCUGUGCUGGCCCCGCCACCCAAGGUGCUGGGGACCCAGCUGACAACCUUGAAGUGUCCGAGGAAGUGCUUCUCGAAGAGGCUCUAAGGCUCUUCAAUUGCUCCCUCGAUGCGGUGGGGGUGAGCCAGGACAGUCCCAGCAGCAGCCCCAUGCCUGGGGACCCCAGUGGCAGCGGUACAGCCAUCCCCCACUGCGACUUCGCCUCGCUUGCGCUGCCUGAGGAGCUGCUCACCCCUGACUACAGCGUCCCCGAGGCCACCGACAUCAUCUUGAGCCUAGAAGAAUUCAGCAUCAUCAGAAUGGAGCCCGAGGAGCCAUGGGGGGAUGAGGGGAUGGACCCACCACCAUCCCAGCCUGCCGUGUCAGAGAAGCGGUGGAAGAAGCGGGGGAAGAGCACCCUGUCAGUGCCAGCCCGCAGGCGCAGGGGUCCCGCAGCCAGCACAGGGGUGGCAGGGGGCGAUUAG